AGCACAAAUGCGCCUGUCAACACAGGUUUAUUCUGAAGGCAGCGCGGGCUUCAGGCAACGCUCAAGUCAAACACACUUGUUAUAAUGCUCGUGUUUGAAAUAUUUAAGACCUUCAACUUUCAUACGGCGCUACGUUGAGAAUAUCGCGUCAAACUGUUCCUCCCGUGACCGAGUGGAGUCCCUGUCAAAGGGCCCACGCUGAAAAUGGACCAAGCUCUGUUAAUGUUUUAUAACCAGCUGCCCCACGACGUGGAGGUCUUGUACACUUCAGAUUAUUGCUACAAGUGUGUGUACCAGCCUCUGAUCCAAGUGAAAGCCAACCACAAAAACGUAUCUGCAGUCAUCAGCACCAAGUUCACUCUGAGCAUGCGACUAGAAUCGCACAAGGGCAUCGAAACUCUUUGCAGAUGGAGUGAGAAAUAUGAGGAGCGUGGACAAUACUGCAUUUGGAUCAGAAAGUCAGUUAACAGCAACAAUGUCUCCUGCAUCCACUUUGUGGAUAAAAGACCAAACAAUUCCUACAUGCCUAUCGUGGUUGCUGCUCUCUCCCUGUCUAUAACCGCUCUCCUAUUUGUUGUGACAUCAUAUGCAUACAGAAAAUGGCGUACAUCGAAGUUUGUGAAGACCAUUUGCUGCCAAAUACCCCAGUACUCGCUUGAUGAAGUGCAUGCUGGGAACGCCGAGAGCAGUGCCAGCAAAGUGAAACCAACCCGUCUGCGUUCACUGGACACAUUUCGAGGGUUUGCCCUCACAGUGAUGGUAUUUGUCAACUACGGUGGAGGAGGCUACUGGUUCUUUCAGCACGCACCAUGGAACGGUCUGACAGUGGCAGAUCUCGUCAUGCCAUGGUUUGUCUUUGCCAUCGGGAUUUCGGUGGUGUUGGCGAUCCGAUCCAUGCAGAGGAGAGGCGUGGGCCGCCUGCAGCUGCUGCACAAGGUCACGUGGAGAACUCUGGUCCUGCUGAUGCUCGGCUUCUGCUUCCUCAACUACUCCCCACGAGAUGGACCACUGUCCUGGUCCUGGCUAAGGAUCCCUGGUGUGCUACAGCGUCUGGCUUUCACCUACUUUGUCUUGGCUCUGCUGCAGACCCUAUGGGGAAACAAAGAGAAUGGACAAAGUGAAAGUCACUGGUGGUCACCAGUCCAGGAUGUGGUGCUCUACUGGCCCCAAUGGCUCAUCAUCAUUCUCUUGGAGACGCUGUGGCUAUGCAUCACCUUCCUUCUGCCUGUGCCCAACUGCCCCACAGGCUAUUUAGGAGCAGGUGGAAUUGGGGAUAAUGGUCUUUACCCAAACUGCACUGGAGGGGCGGCAGGGUACAUUGACAAGUGGAUGUUUGGUGACAAGAUGUAUAGGUACCCCACGUGCAAAGAAAUGUACCGCUCCACACAACCAUUCGACCCAGAGGGGAUUCUUGGUACAAUCAACUCAGUUGUGAUGGGAUUUAUGGGGAUGCAGGCAGGGAAAAUUAUCAUUUUCUACAAGGGGAAGAAUGUCCAGAUCCUGUGCAGAUUCCUGGUGUGGGCCAUCAUACUGGGAAUCUCGGCAGCCAUCCUUUCUAAGUGCACGCGAGACGAAGGAUUUAUACCUGUCAAUAAAAACCUUUGGUCAUUGUCCUAUGUGACGUGUAUGGGCUGUUUCUCCUUCCUGUUGCUGGGAGGCGUGUACUUUAUCAGUGACGUGAAGGGAUGGUGGGGAGGCCAACCAUUCAUAUAUCCAGGGAUGAACUCCAUCUUCGUGUACGUUGGACACUCGCUCCUGGGUUUUUACUUUCCGUUCAGCUGGGAGAUGCGCUUCCAGGAAAGCCACUGGGAGUGGCUCUUUCAAAGCCUGUGGGGAACAGCAUUGUGGCUAAUUAUUGCCUACCUCCUCUACAGGAAGAAGUUUUUCCUCAAAAUUUGACCUGUCCCUACAUUCUAUAUACCAUUCUAGGCUUGUUUCAAAUAUAACUGUCUCAUAAUACACAUUUUCAACUAUUGCAAAUGUAUUUUAGGAAAUUAUUUCAUGUUAGUAAAAGUACUGAAAUGACUAAAACUAACAGCAGUGAGUUUUUAGCAUACAAUUAGAAAAUACAUGAAAUAUAGCCACACUAGUUUAUACAAAAAAUGAUAACAUCACAGGAAUGUUUCAGGUAACAGGACUGUCUUUGUAUUUUCCCCUAAUUGAAUCGACUCUAAUACACAGAAAAAUACAUGACAUAAUUUACUUCUGGCCCUCCCUGGUCUGCAGAAAUUCUGAAUGAUGCGAGUUGUAGAAUAUUUCAUGUUUUUCAGGGGUGGUUAUGUUUGAUGGAAACAGGACUGAGUGGGUGUGUUUUAAAGAUAACAAACCUAAAGUAAAAUUUUGGAAAAUCACUCAUACAAAUGUUAACAAAUACAUUUCUAAUGUACUGUAACAUAUUUCAUGUUAAAGUCUAAUUUUAGGUUUGUUUUUGUUUUUAUACAAAUGCUAUUUUCCUAGGAUCCAAAUUACGGAAGUUAAAAUAUAUUUUUAACUUGUAUUUAUUAAAUAUGCAAUCAGAUUGUUUUGUUUUUGUGUAUAGUUUGUACUGUUUUUUUUUUUUUUAUGGUACAUGUUUGUCCAAAAUAGAGUUUGAUUAUAACAAUC